GCACCACUGCGGCUAGCUCCACAGCCACAGUGCAGUGUGCUUUUCUGUAGUCCAGAUGGCUAGGCUGGGGGCAUUGCUUCCUUUGGCCCUCGCGGCCGUCGUCCUCCUGCUCGCCGUCGCCGUGGACGCCGCCACGCCUGCCGCCAGGCCACCCAAGGCCCAGGGGCCGAAAGACCCGCAGCCACCGCGGAACGAGAAGCCCAAGCCGAAGCCGAUGAAGGUCAAGUGCAAGGACCGCAAGCUCUACCCUUACUGCUAUGGUAAACCCAUGGAGUGCCCCGCCGAGUGUUCCCAGUCGUGCUACGCCGACUGCAACUCCUGCAAAUCCGUCUGCGUGUGCAGCGUUCCGGGGGCCUGCGGCGACCCGCGGUUCAUCGGCGGCGACGGCAACGCCUUCUACUUCCACGGCCGGAGGGACGCCGACUUCUGCGUCGUCUCCGACCGGGACCUCCACAUCAACGCCCACUUCAUCGGCAAGCGCGGCGCCGACGGCAUGUCUCGGGACUUCACCUGGAUCCAGGCCAUCGCCGUGCUCUUCGACGGCCACCGCCUCUACGUCGGCGCCCGGAAGACCGCCGCCUGGGACGACGACGUCGACCGCAUGGAGCUCGCCCUCGACGGCGUGCCCGUGAGCCUCCCGCAGGAGGUGGACGCGACAUGGACGUCCAGCGCCGUGCCGAUGCUGUCGAUCACCCGCACCAAGGCGGCCAACGGCGUGCUCGUCGUGCUCGACGGCAAGUUCAAGAUAAGGGCCAACGCCGUGCCCAUCACCGAGGAGGAGUCGAGGGUGCACCGGUACGGCGUCACCACCGACGACUGCCUCGCGCACCUCGACCUGGCCUUCAAGUUCGACACGCUCACCGGCGACGUGCACGGCGUGGUCGGCCAGACCUACCGCUCCGACUACGUGAACGGGUUCGAUGUCAAGGCAUCCAUGCCCACCAUGGGAGGGGAGAGCAACUUCGCCACGUCCAGCCUCUUCGCGCCCGACUGCGCCGUGGCGCGUUAUCACGCACCAGCUGGUCACCGUGGUGAUGGCGUUGCAAUGGCGUGAGAGCUAGCUGGCGCCAUCACCUGUGCCAGUGUGGUGUGUGAGGAGUAACUGAAGGUGUACCUCUACUUAUUAUAUACUGCAAGCCUAAGAGCGGGGUAAACUACGAUGUUGUCGGAGUUGUACCAAGCAUGCAUGUUUGCUUGGUCGUGAAAUUCACAGUAAUAAACUUGCUAUUGGUUGAUGUGUUCAAGGAAAAUUAUAAUAUCAAUUAUAUUGGUGACCUAUA